AUGGCAGACAAAUCUGUGGCAGAAUCGCUCAUACCUCGAUUCCAGAUCGAGAAAUUGCUUAAUCAAGAUCAGAGUGAUCGUCGCAUUGCACUGCUCGGCAACAUCGACGGCAAGCAAGGCAUUCUCAUAGCCGAACGUGCAGCAUUCGCAACAGAGUCCCUCGAAGUCCUAAGAGCAUUUCAUUCCAGUAUAUCUCAAGUGCGCAAUCUAGGCGACAAUGACAUUUACAAAUGGUACAUGGCGAGUUCGUCACCACCAUCAACCAGCGACACAAACACCCCACCUGACCUGAAGAUAAAUCUCAUUUGGCCCUGUACCGCGCAACAUAUUCGCAAGUACUCUGCUCAAACUAUGCGCAUGGUUACUGAAACACCUCAAAUCUACAAAGACUACAUCCGUCCAUACAUGCAGCAGAAGCGCGAGGAAGGAAGACUCAAUUGGGUAUUCAACAUUCUUGAGGGCCGUACAGAGCAAGAAGACGUCAUACUUCGAGACAAGGGGACCAACCCUGAUGAGGAUGGAUUCUUGAUGUUACCUGAUCUCAAUUGGGAUCGAAAAACAGUCAGCUCAAUGCAUUUACUUGCCCUGGUCGAACGGCGAGAUAUAUGGUCAUUACGCGAUCUGAAGCGGAAGCAUAUACCCUGGCUCAAGUAUCUGAGACAAAGACUCAUUGACGCUACAGUCAAGACAUAUGAAGGUCAAAUAGAGGGAGAUCAGUUGAAAAUGUAUGUUCACUAUCAGCCGACAUACUAUCAUUUCCAUGUCCAUAUUGUCAACGUCAUGUUGGAAGCGGGCUCGACACAAGCAGUCGGAAAGGCAUUCGGCUUGGAGAAUAUUAUUGGACAACUUGAAGCCAUUGCUGGAGAUGAUGAAGCUGGUAUGGCUGAUGUGAGUUUAUCGUAUUUCUUGGGGGAAGCGAGUGAGCUGUGGAGUACUGUCUAUGAACCGCUGAAGAAAGGCGAAACUCCAAAAGUUUGA